AUGGAUGUGGACAAGACUGAUCGGUCUUCGGACCAGGUUGAGGACAUCAAUGCCGAUAAGCUGAGCAGCCAUGAUGGUACCCUUAUGAUGCCCACCAGUCUGGCGGCUCUUGGCCGGGAUGAGUAUGAAAGGAUUGGGAAGAGGGCAACAUUAAAGAUGGAUCUGGUGAUUAUGCCCAUCAUGGUCAUCAUGUACGUCCCAAGCGCGAAGCUGGCCAAUAUCACCACGGACUUAAAUCUCAGCGAAGUCCAGUAUCAAACCACCGUCAGCAUUCUCUUUGUCGGUUACAUUCUUAUGCAAGUUCCUUCAAACAUGAUCGUCGGCAAGAUCAAGUGGCCUGGGGUGUACAUCUGCGCAGGCAUGGCCGCUUGGGGUAUCAUUUCCUCCCUGAUGGCGGUGGUGCACAACUACGAGGGCCUUUUGAUGGCGCGCUUCUUCCUGGGCUUCGUUGAGGCCAUCUUCUUCCCUGGCGCGCUGUACUUCCUGUCGCUGUUUUAUAACCGGAAGCAGUUUGCCCUGCGCACGGCAAUCCUCUACUCUGGUUCGCAGCUGGGUAAUGCCUUUGGUGGGCUGUUCGCGAUUGGCAUCCUGAAUCUGGACGGCGUCAGUGGCCUUGAGGGUUGGCGAUGGCUUUUCCUGGUCGAGGGUGUCAUCACCGUCGGGCUUGCCAUCCCCUUUGCAUACAUCCUACCCAACUCGAAUAAAAAGAUUCCUACCCUCACGCAGUUGGAGUGCGAGUGGGUGCAGUACAACUUCGCUGUGGACCAGGGCCAAGAAGACGACUCGAGCGAGGUCACCGCGUUCAAGGGCUUUAUGAUGGCCGUCACGGAUUCCAAGACGUGGAUGCUGAUGGGAAUUCUCUACUCCACCUACAUCGUCGGCGCUGUGGCAAACUUUUUCCCCUCCGUAGUCGGCGGCCUCGGCUUCUCCCGCACCAUGACCUACGCCCUCACCGCGCCCCCUUUCGUCCUCUGUGUCUUCACAAUGCUCUUCAACGGCUUCCAUUCAGACCGCAAACAAGAACGCUACCUACACAUCGUCAUCCCCCUCUGCGUCACCCUCGUCGCCAAUGUGAUCGCCGUCUCCACCAUCAACAUCGCCGCGCGCUACGUCGCAAUGAUGCUCCUGCCGGGCUCUUUCUACGCCGCCGCCGUUGUGGUGCUGUCGUGGAUCACGGGGAGCCUGUCGCAGCCGUCGGUCAAGAGGGCGUCGGCGAUCGCGCUGAUCAACGCCAUGUGUAAUACGCCGAAUAUCUGGGGCAGCUACCUGUACUACGGUGCACCGAGAUACAUCACGGCGUUCAUCGUGAAUCUCGCGGCGACGGGGCUCGCGAUUGCGUUUGCGACGGGAACGCGGAUCUGGUUGAGGAGGAUGAACGCCAAGUUGAACCGGGGCGAGGAUAUCGGCAAGCACGGCCCGACGCAGGCGCAGGUAGCGGGAGGGUUCAGGUACUUGAUCUAA